UAGCAACCGGUAAAUAAAUUUAGGUUUUCAAACAAUUUCCAGAAAAAAUCAAAUAAACUGCGUCUCUAACAACGAUAACAAUAAAAUUCAAACGUCCACUAUGGAUAAACCCCAAAUGAUAGAACAUUUGCAUCAAGCUGUAAACUACACCGUGUAUGACACCAAAUGGAUACCCUGUUCGGCCAAAUUUGUGGUGUUGGGUUCAAAACCCAAUGGCCAGGGUAUAUUGGAGAUCUAUGAAUUGAAUGAGAAUAAAAUGGAAAAGGUCAAGACGGUGGAGAAAAAAUCUGCCUUUAAAUGUGGCACUUUUGGUGCAUCUUCGUUAAGGAAUCGGCAUAUGGCUAUAGGUGAUUUCCAGGGUAGACUGCAGGUUUUAGAUUUAGAACGUCCUGAGCUUCCGGUUUAUAAUGUAGAGGCUCAUUCUUCCAUUAUUAAUUGCAUAGAUGCUUUGGGCGGCAAACAAAUAGAUUGUGGUGCUCCGGAAAUUGUUACUGGCAGCCGUGAUGGCUCUGUAAAGGUGUGGGAUAUUAGACAGGGUAAUGCUCCGGUGGUAGAUAUGACGCCGGAUUCAACUCCGGGUGUAACGGGCUCCUUGAAUGUCAAAAGAGAUUGCUGGGCUGUGGCCAUAGGUGAUAGCUACAGCAAUGAGGAACGUUGUGUGGCCGCUGGCUAUGACAAUGGCGAUUUGAAGCUGUUUGAUUUGCGCCAACUCUCCGUGAGAUGGGAAACUUCUCUUAAGAAUGGUAUAUGUGGCAUAGAAUUUGAUCGCAAAGAUAUACCCAUGAAUAAAAUGGUGGUUACCACACUAGAAGGAGGCCUUUUGGUUUAUGAUAUGAGAACUCAGCAUCCUUCAAAGGGAUUCACUUGCCUGGAAGAACGUAACGCUGGUCGUUCGGUGGGUUCUAAUGGCGUUAUAACCGGCCCCAAAGCCACCGUUUGGUGUGCUAAACAUUUACCACAAAAUCGUGAUAUAUUUGUGACCUGCGGUGGCACAGGCUCUAUACGUUUAUGGAACUAUGAGUAUCCCGAGAAAAGAAGCAAAGAGGGCUUGGAUGGUUUUGGUGAGGGAGUGACGGGCUCUGUACAUAUGCUGCAUGCUUCUACAUUGUCUACACAACCCGUGCACUGUUUUGAUUGGCAUCCCGAUAAAAUGGGUUUGGCAGUGUGUGGAGCUUUUGAUCAGAGUGUCAGAGUAUUGGUGACAACUAAACUUAAUUUAUAUUAAUUUAUUAGUUAAACUGUUAACUAAACCAGUUUUGUAGAGUUUAUUGAGAAUAAAAAUGGAUUGCUGGUUAAAAUACAAAAGAAAAUUUAAAAGGCCCUAUAAACAAUUUGAAAAAAAUUUGUUGAUUUUUAUAAGAUUUUGUAGUUUGUUAAUUUAUCACCAACAAUUGUACUGUA